CAGCCAGUGCUUGAUCAACCGGCGUAGAAGCAUCGUCUACUCCUCUCCCAGUUCUCGCGAUUUGUUGUAGGCUUUUGAGAUGACCUCCAUCUCCAGUCAGCAUACCACCAGUUGCAGAGACUAGGCGCCACAUAUCUAACAACUCCCACCGAUAAGCUCGACCGCCGAACGUGACAUACAGUGCGUGUAGCUCGCGAUAACGCCAUGCUAACCGAUUACUAGGACUGUGAACCUGUUAGUGUUGUGUGUGAAAAUGCUGUGCACUGGUAGUUUCAGACGCAAGGAGCGUCCUAAGUUGAAGUGUAGGGAGGAUGUGAGACGGAGGACUCUGUCGGGACCUAUCUCGAACUUGGGGUUGGGGGCUGUGCCUCCCGUGGGGGCGGUUGGGGGCAGCCUGGGGGCCGAAGUCUACACCAAACGAAAUGGAUCUCAUACACUUGUCGUGGUGUGUAGUCCGCCCUGUGCUACGCCUCCUAUGGGAUUGGAGAGACGAACGUCUGCUAAUCCUAGUGAGUCGUCACCAAAGACAUUGACCACACAACAAGAAGACUGCAUAGACAGUUAUCGCUUCUCAAUGGCCAACUUGGAAGAAACGCAAGAUGUGGACCUUGAUGCGAUUCUGGGAGAAUUGUGUGCCUUGGAGUCGCAGUAUGACGAAGCUAUUGCUGGUGCCGCUGCUGCCAACCCCAACAAUGGAAUUGAAAAUACUACAGUCGUUGAGCACCAUAGGAGACAGCCUUCGGAAACGCCGGCCGUCAUCAGGACAGACAGUCCAGACAAUGACUCUGCCUUCUCAGACAGUGUGUCGCUCCUCUCCAGUGAGAGUUCGGCCUCCAGCGGCAGGAAUGACUGUCUCAGGCCUUCGCAGAGAGACACCGACCGCAGCAGUACGAACGGCAGCGGCAAGGCGGAAAAGAUCCGGCUGGCGCUGCAGAAGAUGAAAGAGGCCAACGUGAAGAAGCUGUUCAUCAAAGCGUUCAGCGCGGACGGCAGCUCCAAGUCGCUGCUAGUCGACGAAACCAUGUCGUGCGCAUACGUCACGCGCAUACUCGCCGAGAAGAACCACCGCGCAAUGGGUGCGCGCUGUGCACUCGUCGAACAUCUGCCCGAACUGCACAUGGAGCGCGCCUACGAAGACCAUGAGCUGCUAGUCGAUCAGCUGAUGAUUUGGACGCGCGACUCGAAGAACCGCAUCCUGUUUGUGGAACGGCCGGAGCGCACUCUGCUCUUUGACAGGCCUGAGAUGUUUUUGGCCGGUGGGUGCAGGGAUCCAGCCGUUGAGAUGGAUGAGUGCAGUAGGAGUAAUUUGUUGGAGGAAUUCUUCGCCAAUCCGUCAGUACCAAAUGUGGAAGGCCCUUUGUACAUAAAGACCGAUUCAAGAAAAGGCUGGAAACGAUACAACUGUGUUCUCAGAGCAUCCGGCUUAUACUAUUGGCCCAAAGAAAAAACAAAAUCUUCAAAAUCUGAUCUCGUUUGUUUGGCUACGUUUGAUGUCAAUCAGGUGUACUACGGUGUGAGCUGGAAAAAGAAGUACCGGGCACCGACCGACCACUGCUUUGCCAUCAAGCACCCGUGCCUGCAGCAGCCCAAAUCUGUCAAACACAUCAAGUUCCUAUGCGCUGAUGAUCCCCACUCGCUGCACAGAUGGGUUGUCGGCAUUAGAAUAGCUAAGCACGGUCACCAACUGCUGUCCAACUACCGGUCGCUGGUGGAGGAAUGCCAGCUGUUGGCGCAGGGGGGCAGUGUGGAGGGGGUGCGCGUGGGCGGGGUGGGGGUGGACGCAGUUUCACGUCGCAGUGUGGCCGAGUCAACAGAGUCCGAAUCCGGAUCGUCCGGAUGCGAUGUCGGAUUCGAGUGCGACUUUCCGUCCGGAACGAUCAAGCGCAAACCGCCCAAACUUCCGCUAACCGCCACUACCAGACAACUCAAGGAAAUCGCCAUUGGUCCCAGCCCGAUCGCCGCGUCUUACCGUCCCCAUCCUAGUAGUCCCGGCAGCAAUCUAGUCUCGUACGGAACCAAUCCCGGCACCGGUUUAAACCCGUACGGAACCACCAAUCCUAUCAUUGGAACUGGUUUAAACCAGUACGGAACCAAUACCGGGACCGGUUUAAACCAGUACGGAACCAAUACCGGGACCGGUUUAAACCAGUACGGAACCAGUCCCAUCGUUGGAACCAGUUUAAACUCGUACGGAACCAAUCCUGGGACCGGUUUAAACCAGUACGGAACCUGUAAUCCCCUGGGGGUUGUACCUACUUCUCUGGACUUCAAGGGCAGUUUCGAAUCGUUACCACCCCCGCCUCCCGAACUGCUCGAGCCUGAACUGCUAAGUCUGCCCGACGAUGAGGAUCUGCCGCCUCCACCGCCUCCCCCGCCCCGGCUGCCCGCCCCCAGUGCCGCCUUUCUCCAGGAUUUGCAGAGGGUCAUGAGGAGAAAGUGGCAGGUAGCGCAAAAGUGCAAACAAGACCUGAACACGACGCCACACGAAGUGUUGGGCUUCCGCGACCCGCCCGACUACCGAGAGACCAAUGUGAGCAAUUGGGUGGCCGAGCAUUACGGCCAGGUGGAUCAUUAUGGCCAGAUGGUGGGCCCCAGUCUCUAUGAGAAUGUGUACCGGCCUGGCGUUACCAUAGCAACCAAGAAACGUCCUCCCCCACCUCCACCCCGCGCCGAGACUACCCAACUCACUACCACCUCCACUGCCAGGCAUUCCGCCACGCUGCAUAAUUGCUGAUUUGCGACGAUCCACUGUUCACAAGCGGUUUCUGUCAAUCUACUAUUCAUAUUGUGCUGAUUCGUUUGAAACAUUUUCUGUCAAUCUACUAUUCAUAUUGUGCUGAUUCAUUUGAAACAUUUUCUGUCAAUCUACUAUUCAUAUUGUGCUGAUUCGUUUGAAACAUUUUCUGUCAAUCUACUAUUCAUAUUGUGCUGAUUCUUUUGAAACAUUUUCUGUCAAUCUACUAUUCAUAUUGUGCUGAUUCAUUUGAAACAUUUUUUGUCAUUCAUAUUGUGCUGAUUCAUUUGAAACAUUUUCUGUCAAUCUACUAUUCAUAUUGUGCUGAUUCGUUUGAAACAUUUUCUGUCAAUCUACUAUUCAUAUUGUGCUGAUUCUUUUGAAACAUUUUCUGUCAAUCUACUAUUCAUAUUGUGCUGAUUCGUUUGAAAAAUUUUCUGUCAAUCUACUA